GCAUUCUGCAUGAUGUACAUACAGGUCAUCAGCAGUUAAAUAUUUCACAGACAAGCCCCUCGAAAUGCAAUCCCUGAAAGAGAGUCAACAAGUUAUCUCUUUUCUUUGAUAUCAUAAUAAGCUGUACUGAUUCCUCAAUCCUGUUGAACUGAUUCCGUUUGGCACUACUUCGUCAACAAUUUCGAUGUUAUUCUGUGCAAAAUAUAGGCAACUGAUAAUAAAUUGAGAGUACAUCAGUCAACAAUAUGAUUCUUCAGCUCACUACUACUACUUGAAUUGAUAAACAAAUGCUGAGUUGAUAAAGCAACGUUCAGGGGUGAGGCCAAAAAAGGAAGAGAAUAGUAUCGUACACAAGAACAAAUCAUUCAAGGGUGAGGCCAGAGAUGGUGAGUGGUUACAUAGGAAAUGAAGAGAGAAGGAAGGAUAGAUAAAGAAAGCCAGAGCCGUCUGGAAGAAUCCAAGUGCGAACCUCAUUUAACUCAAUGUUCACGCGCAUCUUUCCACUUCUUUGACGUUUUUACAACACUGCCCUUCAAAUCCUUGCAUUAUGGGAUUAGGUUUUCAGCACUAGUGACUGUUCAGUUUUCACGCGCCUCUUUCCACUUCCUUGACGUCUCCGAGCGCCCCCCUCAGUACUAGUAGUAGAGUCCACACUCCACAGGUUUCCGGCGCUCUUGUCGAAUUUCACUUUCCGUUCAUCGUCGCUUCAAAGAAUCGAAAAUAUCAAAGUCAUUGCAAUUAUUCUUGAUUUUUUCUUCCACUUUGGUUCUCUGUAAUUUCUUCAGGGAGCAUUUGAAGUCCUUAUAUCGUCAAAGAAGUUGUUGCCAGGGACCUGCUGUAACUCAGAUUUCAGCAAUGGCGGUAGGGCUUGCUGAAGGGUAGUGCUUGAUUAUUGUCCCAUGUUACAACACGUGUAGCAAAGAAACCACUAUACAAGUUUUUCAAUAGCUGAGAAUUUUAUGAACAUAAACAUAAAAAAGGAAACAUAAACAUUACCAAGCGACCUCUCAGUGAUUGGCAGCAGCGAAAUGUUGCUACUUCUGGCUCCCACCUCCCUCUUCUUUUUGGUUUUAGUCCGCAAUCUGCAGUGCAGUAAUGAGCUCCGAGAGAAACCCCAGAAUUGAGAUUGAAGUUUAGAGGUCUAAUUAAGAUCAAUUUAGAGGGGAAUCUGAGUUUCUUAUUGGGACGGGACAUUUGGAGGAGAGUUAGAGUUUCUUAAAACCACGGCUGCCUUCAAUAUCCGGUUCAAACAUUAUUAGACUUCUAAACCCGAGUGUUGCUCACUGGACCGAAGCGGCCUGACUUAUAAGUCAUAACAUGCUCCAUCAGCAGUCAGCACUCACACUAUAAAGUUUAGGGCUUGGUUUAUCACAGCAGAAGCAGGCAGAUUCCUUGCUCUGGUUUUCGUUCAAUCAUCUUUCAAGAAUCGUCGUUUUAACAGGGCCCUAAUCAUGAGGAGGUAUAGUCCACCAUAUUACAGUCCUUCAAGGAGAGGAUAUGGAGGUCGACCUAGAAGCCCUCUAAGAAGGGGCUAUGGUGGAGAGCGUGGUAGGCGUAAAGAGCAAAAUCAUGGAAGUCUUUUGGUUCGAAACAUUCCUUUGGAUUGCAGGCCAGAAGAACUUCGAGUUCCCUUUGAAAGAUUUGGAUUAGUCAGGGAUGUCUACCUUCCAAAGGACUAUUACACAGGGGAACCUCGUGGCUUUGCUUUUGUGCAGUUCGUUGAUCCCUAUGAAGCUGCAGAGGCUCAAUAUCAAAUGAAUGGACAGAUUUUUGCUGGUAGGGAGAUAUCUGUAGUUGUUGCUGCUGAGACUAGAAAAAGGCCUGAAGAGAUGCGCAGAAAAGCUAGGACUGGUGGACCUGUAGGCUAUGGGGUACGACGGUCAUCUUACUAUGGGCAUUCUAGGUCUCGCUCUCGUUCACGCUCCCCUCGAUAUGCUUCAGGUUCUAGAGGUCGAUAUAGAUCAAGGUCGUACUCUCCUGCACCAAGGGGCCGUAAUGAUUAUUCUAUUUCUCCACCGAGAAGGUAUGAUGAUCGCCCUAGAUCUCCAAGAGAUCAUCUGCAAGACCGAGACCUUGUUCAUAUUCACAGGUCAUAUUCUCCUGGUUACCAUGAUGUGGCUGACCGAAAUGGCAGCAGCUAUGCCAAGAAAACUGAGCUUGAAUCUGGGGAAGCAGUGGCUCACUGGAGACCAUCCCCUGGUCAGGCAUCAAGGUCACCCUCUGGAUCCAGAUCCAGGUCAGCUGAUAUUUCUCCCAGGCAUGGCAGAUAAAGACAAACGCCACAAGGAGGAGAAUUUGAAAUGUUUUCCCUCAUCAUUUUGUACAUCAGCGUGUUACCUUCUGUCAAUCAACAUUUGGAAGCUGCUCGUGGAUACUAGAUCUAUGUUGAAGAACUUGUUACAUCUUAUCGUUGAUCAUACAGUUUUUUUCCCCUUUCUCCUUGGAUCAAAAGACAAAAGACUUGUAUGGGAUUUUCUAGGAGUUUGAUAAAAAGUAAUUUUUAGUAGCUGAAUUAAGCACUGGGUUGCCAUUUGGAGGCUAGCUUUCCUUGAAUUGUCCCCUCCUUUGAGACUCGAAAAGUGCCAAAGUUCAGAAACCGCCGGACAUGUAAACUUGAUAGAAACCUCCUUUGGUCCAGAUGGUAUACGAUAAGUUUUGCAAUGCAAUGCA